AUGUACACCAACACCAUGUACUACUCUCAAAUCACCGACCACAGGACGCCGCUUUGGGUCAAAAUCAAAAGACCGUUAUGGCGAAGGAAGGGACCUCGAUCCAGCAUCUUGUUCUUGUUCGUUGUCCUCAUUGGGACCACGGUUUAUCUGGCCAUGUCCCGGGAUACCACAGACUACCGCCACAGCAAUCGAUACAAGGUCAAACUCCAGAGCUGGUUAGGUGGAUCGAAUCCGCCCAAGCAAGCGGAGCCCUCGGCCAUUCCUGACAACAAUACCUUCGAUGUCAACAGCUCACUCGCCUCCAACCUGAACCAGACCCUCAAUGAAGAGGGCAACGAAGCCUCCAAACCCCCCAAGAGUGAGGAUCUGGUUGAAGCAAUCAAGGACUCAUUUGCGAUUGCUGCCGACGAAGAGGACGAGAAAGCCUCUCGACCUCCAAAAAGCGAGAAGCCGGCGGAAAAAGUCGAGGAUCCGUUUGAAAAUGCUGCCGACGAAGAGGACGACAAGGCCUCUCAACCCCCCAAGAGCGAGAAACCGGCUGGAAAAGGCAAGGAUCCGUUUGAACCUGCUGCCGACGAAGAGGACGACAAACCCUCUCAACCUCCCAAGGGCGAGGAACCGCCUGAAGACGUCAAGGGUCCAUUUGCAAUUGCUGACCCGGAACCGCCACUUGCCAACGUGGAAAUCGACAAGAAACCGACCCCUGCAUCCGACGACGCUCGAGUCGAGGACGAAUCGAACGAGUCGAAACAGCACUUGUCGCUGGAGAAGAAGGCCGAAUUCCUUCCAGAGUUCAUCUGGGUCCCGUUCGAGGAGACGGUCAAGGACGAGGUCCUCCAGGGUUGGGAAGACGAAUGGGUGAGUUCAGGGACGUACGACUGGGAGAAAUGGGGAGAUCUGGAAGAACCCAAGAUCGAUUUUGUCUAUCUGUGGGUCAAUGGUUCCGAGCAGGAUUUUCAGGAUACCAUCAGGCCGUGGGAGGAGCGGUCGAUUCUGAAUGAUGCCGAAGGAGAAUGGAUCAAGUCCCACGGCAUGAAUAGAUACCGCGACUGGGACGAACUGCGCUAUUCUUUUCGCAGCAUCGAGAAGAAUGCUGGCCAUUUCAUGAACACCAUCAAAGUCCUUGUCAACUCGAUUUACAGGAAUGGGGCUCCUGUCAGGAAACAGACGCCCACGUGGCUUGCUGUCGAUGACCCCAAGGUCUCCAAGCUGGUUCAGGUUAUUUCUCAAGAGGAGAUGUUCGAGGACGACAAGAAAGUCUGCUUACCGGCGUUCAACUCCCUGACAAUCGAAAAUCAGAUAUUCAACACAGAGUCGGACGUCGACCAGUUCUAUGCCAUGUCCGACGACAUGUUGCUUACACGGGAGCACGCCCCCGCCGACAUUUACUCGCCACUGUUUGGAGCGGUGUUGAGCUUCAAGACCAAUGGGUACAGCACUACCUCUGCCCCGACCGAAGCCGACGCACAACGUUUCGGUGAAAAGCCAUAUUUGAUCUAUACCUCGUGGCUUUUGAAUCGUCGGUUCGGCGUCCGAAAACGCAAGGGCCAGAGUCACUUCGGACAUUCCCUGUCACGAAGCAUUAUGCGCGAGGCGAUCGAGGCAUUUCCACGCUCCGAGAUCCAGAGUGCCUGUAAGCGGUUUCGAGGCGAGCCCGGAUUUCAGCUUUACUCCUGGUAUGUGAGCAACCACUAUGUAAUCGAACGUCACCGUGAACUCCUCUUGUGGAGCUACAUCAUGCUGCGGAGUGACGUCGACCGAGAUGGUAUCUUGUCCUGGGAGGAACGCACGAGGAUCGUUGCCGAUUUGGCUGAAGGGGCAAAGAAUGCCGACAAGGCGACGUUCCGCCGCAAGCUCUUCUACCAUGUCCCAUCCAUGCUUGAAGAGGCUGGCCUCCGCGCGCCCCAAGUCAACACCAAUUCCUUGUGGACGUCUCUCGACGGACCUCAUGCCAUUCGGAAUGUCGACUGCACGGACUUCUCGAUAGACGACUGCCUAGCACCAGGCUUUCUCUCCGACAAUUCGCCCCCGUCCAGCACGAACCCGACAUUCAGCUCGUCCGUCAUCUUUGACCGGCUGGCUCGCCAAAACCCGCAUUGCGGUGACUGUCUGUUAAAGGGACUUCUUCAGCAGACACCGUCGGGUUUGGAGCCACUGUUGCCGAACGCCGAGACUCAAGCUGCCGACCGCGAGAUAGUGAUCAAAGGCGCCAUGCGCUACAAGUUCACCGAGGUUGAUCCAUCGGACACGCUCUUUGUCAUGGUGACCGACGCCGACCAGAUCGACAGCACCUUAUACCGGCAUUAUGUCAAAGGAGGCAAGCAGCUCCCGGGUCAGAUGUGCCUUAAUGACGAUGUUAUCACGACCGAUGAGCAGGAGCUCCAGGAUAUUCAGAAAGCAAUGAGGGAGACGCUCGCGGGGCUUUUUCCUCGUAAGGGCAGAGCCGAAUUGUAA